UCCAAAACCGUCUGUAAGGCCACAACCCACGAGGUCAUGGGGCCCAAGAAGAAGCACCUGGACUAUUUAAUCCAAUGCACAAAUGAGAUGAAUGUGAACAUCCCACAACUGGCAGAUAGUUUGUUUGAAAGAACUACCAACAGUAGCUGGGUAGUGGUCUUCAAAUCUCUCAUCACAACCCAUCAUCUAAUGGUCUAUGGAAAUGAGCGUUUUAUCCAGUAUCUGGCGUCCAGAAACACGUUGUUUAAUCUGAGCAAUUUCCUAGACAAAAGUGGAUUGCAAGGUUAUGACAUGUCAACGUUUAUCAGACGGUAUAGCAGAUAUCUGAAUGAAAAGGCAGUUUCCUAUAGACAAGUGGCUUUUGACUUCACAAAAGUAAAAAGAGGGGCUGAUGGAGUGAUGAGAACAAUGAACACGGAAAAACUCCUAAAAACUGUACCAAUUAUACAAAACCAAAUGGAUGCACUUCUUGACUUCAAUGUCAACAGCAAUGAACUUACAAAUGGUGUAAUUAAUGCUGCCUUCAUGCUCCUCUUCAAAGAUGCCAUUAGACUGUUUGCGGCAUAUAAUGAAGGGAUUAUUAACCUCUUGGAAAAAUACUUUGAUAUGAAAAAGAACCAGUGCAAAGAAGGCCUUGAUAUAUAUAAGAAGUUCCUCACUAGAAUGACACGGAUCUCGGAAUUCCUUAAAGUUGCAGAGCAAGUUGGAAUUGACAGAGGAGACAUACCAGAUCUCUCACAGGCACCGAGUAGCCUUCUUGAUGCUUUGGAACAACAUUUAGCUUCUCUAGAAGGGAAGAAAAUCAAAGAUUCCACAGCUGCAAGCAGGGCUACCACCCUUUCCAAUGCGGUCUCUUCCCUUGCAAGCACUGGCCUGUCCCUCACAAAAGUUGAUGAAAGGGAAAAACAAGCUGCGUUAGAGGAAGAACAGGCUCGCUUAAAAGCUUUAAAGGAGCAACGUUUAAAAGAACUUGCGAAGAAACCUCAUACCUCUUUGACAACUGCAGCUUCCCCUGUGUCGACUGCAGCAGGAAGCAUAAUGACUACACCAGCCAUUGAUAUUUUUUCUACCCCUAGCUCUUCAAACAGCACUUCAAAGCUGCCAAAUGAUCUGCUUGAUUUGCAGCCAACUUUUCAUCCGUCUGUACAUCCUAUAUCUGCUGCUCCCCCAGUGGGAAGUACCUGGGCAGAUCCUUUUUCUGCUACUGUUGAUAAUGUUGAUGAUGCCAUUCCAAACCUAAAUCCUUUCCUUACAAAAACUAACGAUGCUGCUCAUCUGUCUGUGUCUUCUGAUGUAUCUACUUUCACCAGUAGGACACCCACACAUGAAAUGUUUGUUGGGUUCACUCCAUCUCCUGUUGCUCAACCACAGCCAUCAGCUGGCCUUAAUGUUGACUUUGAGUCUGUGUUUGGAAACAAAUCUUCUAAUGUUGUCCUAGAUUCUGGUGGCUUUGAUGAACUAGGUGGUCUCCUAAAACCAACAGUGGCCUCUCAAAACCAGAGUCUUCCAGUUGCCAAAGUACCACCUAACAAAUUAGUGUCAGAUGAUCUGGAUUCAUCUUUAGCCAAUCUUGUAGGCAAUUUGGGCAUUGGAAAUGGAACUACUAAAAAUGAUGUAAACUGGACUCAGCCAGGUGAAAAGAAACUAACAGGUGGUUCCAACUGGCAACCCAAGAUUGCACCUACAACUGCGUGGAAUGCUCCGACGUUGAAUGGCAUGCAUUUUCCACAAUACGCACCACCUGUAAUGGCCUAUCCUGCCACAACGCCAACGGGAAUGAUGGGCUACGGGAUGCCAUCACAGAUGGGAGGAAUACCAGUAAUGACACAGCCAACUUUAAUAUACAGCCAGCCAGUCAUGAGACCACCAAACCCUUUUGGCCCUGUACCGGGAGCACAGCUGUCUGCAGCAUCCAGCCCUUCCAGUCAGAGUCCUCACAGAGCCUCAGGAAAGGAUCCCUUUGCAGAGCUCUCUCUCCAGGAUUUCUUGUAGAACAACUUAGAUUCAGUUUAUGUAACUGUGUUAGAUGGAAGAGAAAGGAACGUUUCCAAAAAGAUGUGCUCACCAGUGAACCCACACUUCCAGGAGAAAAUGAACUUCAGUCUCUCAAACUCUCCUCUUCCAUUAAAUGAUGCAGUGAAAUGAUGAAGAGCAAUGAAGGAACCUGGGACAACUCCAUAAGAAAACAUCAAUAUACGAUAAAAGCCAAGAAUUGCCAUGAAUUAAGACUAAGGUCUAUUUUUUGUCCUGGUGACUAACACGUCAGUACUUUCAGCUUCUAAUACUAUCCAUAAUCGAGAACACACAAAGAGAAGCCUUUAUUCUGGAAAUUGAGAUUGGUGUUUGGAAAUGAUGUCUGGAGCGGAGAUGUGUCCUUUACCGUAACUUGAAACACGACUUUGGGCAGGGGAGGGUCAAAUCCUAACUCUUAAUUCUGCAGUUACCUUUUCUUCAGUCCUCACAAAUGUAGGCACAGCAGUAAUGGAAAUUAACUUUUUUUAAAAAAUUAUAUAUUUAGUUUGCAGUAGACAUUCCUUAUGUAUUAUUGUUUGUAUUUAUUUAUGAUUAUCAAUUUAACAUUAAUAUUGUAUCAAAAAAACUCCUUAUGAAAAUGAGUAUGGAUGUAUACAGUAUGUCUGAUUUUUAUCCACAAAGAAUGAAUCUGAUUCAGAAUGCUUUUCAGCUGACAUACAGAGCACUAAAUAUUUUAAAGGUCUGAAUCUAAUGAAUUCUCAGUAUAUAUGGGAAUUAGGGAAGAGCUGUAAAAUGCAUUAAUCCUUAUAGUCAAUUCUGUGCCUAGGAUUUUGCAAGGGAACAGUUAACUGACUAGAAGAAGCACUACAUUUUUAAUUCAGCAUUAGUGCAUUGGGAAGGAACUUUAUUGCUUUGUGCUUGGCAUGUCACUAUUUUUUACAUUUGACAAGGCCUUUCCAAAAUGAAUGUGAGGAAUUGCUUUCACUUUAAGACUUUCCUUCUUUU